GUCUAAUUUCAGCUGUUAAAGAACAUGAGAAGAACAAAGAAAGAAAAUCCAAAGACUAUGGAAGGUCCAAGUCAAAGAAAAAGAAAAAAAAGAAAAAGAUAACUCAACCUGAAUGCUCUGGCAGUGAAGAAAACACAGAUGUUUCGCAGGAGCUUUCUCCAGAAAAAUCAAUUGUCACAAAAUGUCUUUCUUCAAGUAAGUCGUCUGCCCACCCAAGCACACUGCUCCACUGCUCUGAUUCUGGACAGCACAGAGGAAAAUCAAAAACACAUGAGGAUGACACCUUGAGUGAGUCGUCUAUGGAUAGCUUGCUUUGGAGUGAUGAUGACUGCAGUCAGGAUGUUGAUGUAACCACAAACCCUGACGAAGAAGUUGAAGAAAGCGAUUUUGAGAUUGUUCGGUGUGUUUGUGAAGUAAAAGAAGAAAAUGACUUCAUGAUUCAGUGUGAAGAGUGUCUGUGCUGGCAGCAUGGAGUCUGUAUGGGUUUACUGGAAGAUAAUGUACCUGAGAAAUAUACCUGCUAUGUUUGCCAAGAUCCUCCAGGUCAGAGGUCCAGCUUAAAGUACUGGUAUGAGAAGGAGUGGUUAAGUAAUGGUCAUAUGCAUGGCUUAGCGUUUCUGGAAGAAAAUUAUUCCCACCAGAAUGCCAAGAAGAUAGUAGCCACUCACCAACUUCUUGGCGAUGUACAGAGAGUGAUAGAAGUACUGCAUGGACUGCAGCUGAAGAUGAGCAUUUUACAAAAUAAAGAACAUCCUGACCUGAAGCUUUGGUGCCAUCCGUGGAAGCAUAUUACAGUGGAUGAAAAAAUUCAUACCAAACACAUCGUUCACAUUGAGGAAAACUGUUGCAAAGAGGAAACGGCGAGUUAUAGAACUUGGAAUGGGACAGUUGAGAAACCCUCAGCCAUUCCUUCUGUGGAGGAAUCCUACAUUACGAGUGAACACUGUUACCAGAAGCCUCGAGCCUACUACCCUGCGAUAGAGCAGAGACUGGUUGUGGAGACGAGGGGCUCAGCCAUGGACGAUGGAGUAAAUAGGAUAAGGGAAAACGGGGAAGACGCUCUGUCAGAGAGAUUUGGCUGGAAUCUAGACCGAGAAAUAUGCAAGAUGGAAAAUGAAUCCAAACACAACUACUCUAAGGUAAGAGAGUCUGUCUCUAAGAAGGUCUCUCCAGAGGAAGCGAUGGAAAUGAAAUUACUGGAAAAAGACAAAGAAGGGGUUGUGAACUCACAGCUGCAGUGGCAGCUUAAUCUUUUAGCUCAUGUGGAAUCUCUGCAAGAUGAAGUCAUCCACAGAAUGGAUUUCAUUGAGAAGGAGCUAGAUG